AUGAUUGAUUCUUUUCAACCAUCUCAUCUCUAUUUUGGGGGUGGCGAACCAGCGAAUACAAAAGAAACUCUAGAGCAGUUCAUCAAAAGUGAUCAGAUUAAAACCUUAUCCGCUUUGAAAACGAAUAUUCCAAAAAUGAUCCUUGUUGUGGACAACAUUUUAAAUGGGAUUGGGAGUCUGUUGUUGUCUUUUGGAGAAGAAAUCGUUCAGCAAUGGGAAAGAAAAGAACGGGAAAUCGAUGUUCUUAUUUUGCACUGUAUAAGCAAUGAAGAUAUUGAUGAAACGUUUAUCGCACAAUCGGAAGUCCACCAAGUGGCCAAUCAAAUUGCUUAUGGGCGAAAUGGGUCAUUCAAAGAUUCAAAACUCGAUUCACGACUGAAACUGAUUAGAAGAGAUGAUGGUAAAGGUCUCUUGAUCAUCAGCAAUGAGGAGUCUUUGCUCUUCGUUGAUUGUGACUAUAAAGCAAGGAGAAAACGUGGUUUUCCCGAGUCGAGUGCUUUACGAGAUCUCCUUGCAACAAUGAGCACCUUUCUGUGGGAUUUGGAAGCGAUUGAGAAAGAGGAGAAAUUCGGAAUCAAGAGGAAACAAUUUUCGGAAGAAGUGAUUGAAUCGGAUAUUUUCCUGCAAUUUUGGGCGAGCGAUGUUUGGACGGAUUCUGAAUUGGAAAAUGAUAAGGGAUCCGGAUGCCAAAUAGUCCGGAAGCACGAAAAGGAGGUUCUGGGAAAAAUCGAGGAAGAACUCAAGACGUAUAUCAAAGUUCGAAAGGCGGCAGGAUCCGAUCGAGAACUCCGAAUUGAUCAGGUAACUAUUUUCAAAGUGCUUUUAGAGAUUCUAACGAAUAAAGAA